AAACGAAUGGGUACAUCUCAGCCGUCGGUGAUCCGGGGAUGAAAAGGGAUGGGCUGAGAGUGGCGAUCGAGGCAUGGAACCAGUGCAAUGAGGCCGGAGAGCAGGUCAACGGCUCGGUAAGCCCCAGAGCUGCCGAUUGUUUUGAUGUGCAUAGGAAUCAUUCUUGUUCAAAAUCUCAUCAAGAAAUGAAAAACUGCUCUCUUUACAAUUUAAAGCACAAAGUGAAAGAACAUGAUAAUAUGCUAGGAAUUGGGCAAGCUCUUCCCCAGUUGGAUCCCAAAGAUCUGUACAACCCAGACAUUUAUGCUUACGAGAAAGAGAUCUACUUGGGCUCAAAGUGUGAAGUGAAAGAGAAUGAUGCAAAACCAUGGCAGUUCUGGAUGAUCAUGCUCAAGAAUGGCAACUUGGACACCACCACCGGUCCCACAGCAAAGUGUCCAAAAAAUGGCAUAAAAGUACCCAUAUUUACAGAGCCUAAAUUCUCUUGCUUUGGAGAAGGGUGCAUGAAUCAGCCCCGGAUUAACCACAGUUACACAGCUCUCUCACCGGGGCCUAAUAGUUCCCUCAUGGGCAGCUUUUACGGUACAUGGGAUUUGAGUUCUACUGUGGGAGGGGUAAAAGGGGAUAUGCCAGGCGACAACGCGUCCUUCUUUUCCGUCAUGUGGCGGAAAGAUCUCGGAAAGGGAAGUUGGACUUUCUACAAUAUUUUGAGGACCUCGCAAAACUUUCAAUGGCUCAUGCUUUAUCUGAGGGCUGACGCCACCACGGGAUUCUCGGGCGGGUACCACUAUCCCACUCGGGGCAUGUUAAAGAUUAUUCCUCAAUCGCCAAAUUUCAAUGUGACAUUCACCCUCACCGUUAGCCAAGGAGGAGGUAGUAAUAGCCAAUUCUACUUGCUGGACAUUGGGAGCUGUUGGAAGAACAAUGGGAAGCCAUGCGACGGAGAUGUGACGUCGGACGUAACGAGGUAUAGUGAAAUGAUACUCAACCCCGCCACGAAAUCGUUGUGCGAUCCGAAUACAUUCUCAGGCUGCCCUUUGUAUCACACCUUCCCUAACGGAACAACGGUUCCCCGCAACGACACAGCCAAUUUUCCGUAUGGUGCGUACCACUACUAUUGUGCACCGGGGAAUGCCAAAGGCAUUGACAUCGGUGCUAAAUGUGACCCCUACAGCAAUCCUCAGGCUCAGGAGAUUGUGCAACUUUUGCCCCAUCCUGUUUGGGGUGAUUAUGGAUACCCUACCAAGCAAGGUGAGGGAUGGGAUGGACAUCCAAGAACAUGGAACCUUGAUGUUGGCCGACUGUCACAGAACCUCUAUUUUUACCAGGAUCCAGAUGCAGUACCCGUGAUUAGGAACUGGACGUCAAUUGAUUUAGGAACUGAAAUAUUUAAUGAUCCUUACAAAGUGGCAGAAUGGAGUGUUAGUGACUUUAAUGUUCUUGUUCCUAGACAAACCUAGGGGCAAACAACAAAAUACCCUCCAUAGGGAAACCAAACAUAUAAUUUUCUUUUUCUCAUAUUCAAAUCUUUCUUUUCGGGUUUUAAAAUUCCGUACUUUGGUUCCUGUAAAAAUCUCAGUUUUUCCUUCAAGGAUACAGUAUUGCAUGUAUCAUGUAUCCAUAAUUCCUUCGGAAUUCUAUGCACUCUCUUUUAGUUAUAUACUUUGAUUUAAUUUUUUCGUACAACACCGGAAAAAUUUAGAUUGCCACAUUUCGAUUAUC